CCUCCAAGCACCAUUCAGCUACCAUUUGGUACAUAGGCAUACAAAUUCCCAGGAAGCUAAGGUAGUGUAGCUCCGGGAGGAUGUCUCUGGUGGCAAGGCUCUUCGACACGCUGUCCCUGGACGCGUGGAAGAACCCCUUCAGCAGCAUCUUCGGCACGGCCGCCGGCGCCGACGCGUGGCUGGCCAGCGACACCACGGCGUUCGCCGAGACCUACAUCGAGACCCGGGAGACGGCGGAGGCGUACGUGUUCAGCGCGCGGCUGCCCGCCGGGGUGAGCAAGGAGGAGGUGCGGGUGGACGUCGAGGAGGAGGGCCACGUGCUCGUCAUCGCCGGCCAGCGCAGCGUCCGGAGGGAGGUCAAGAGCGACGAGGCGCGCCGCCAGGUGAUCGAGCGCAGCUGCGCGUCCUUCUUCGGCAGGUUCUGCCUGCCCGAGGACGCCGUCGUGGGGCAGGUCAGGGCCGCCAUGGACGACGGCGGGGAGCUCGUCGUCACCGUGCCCAGGAUCGGAGCCGCCGCCGUGGUGGCUCUGCCCGAGCCGGCCUUGGCCAUCGAGGCCGAGGCCAGCCCGUGCUGAUCAUGCCGACGCCGCCCGCCCCGGCCCCAGGCAGGCACGCGGCAAGUUGCUGUCGUGAUCUGGAACCAUUCGCGCUCUACGUCCCGUGGCGUCACCUGUAAUCCCUAUGCGGUUCCAUCCAUCCCUAUGCGGUUCGCUGUGAGUGAGCUCAGCUCUAUGCAUGCAUGUAAAAGCAAAUGCACAUGCAUGUUGGUUGUAGUUCUUGUGAUCACUGUCAAGUUAAUUAAUGAAGAGCUUGCAAGCCCCCUCCGGAAAAAAAGGGAGCUAGCAACCCGGAAUCAAUCUAUACUACUCCCUCCGAUUCAUAUAUCGGAGGGAGUAGCAAAGUUGUCAGUA